CGCGCAUCCUGAUGUCCACAUUGAGGGUUUCAUUUUGAUUUUCACCCACACACUCUCGUACAUGUGUCGGGAGUAAAACGUAGGAAUGGAGGCGGUUUAUACUCAAGGCAUUUGGAUGGCCGAGAGUCUCCAAGAGAGGACGAGAAGCCAGGAGAGGUUUUGGCUUGUUGUGACUCACAUUGGAGACCCCAAAGCAGCCUUUCUGCUCGUCUUUCCUUUUACAUAUUUCAUCAGCAAACGAGCCGGAGUGGCGGUGCUUUGGGUCGCAGCCAUAUCGGAGUGGUUGAACCUGGUGUUUAAAUGGAUGCUGUUUGGAGAAAGACCGUUCUGGUGGAUCGGUGAGUCACGCCUGUUUGUCAACCAGCAGCCCAAAGUUCACCAGUUUUCAUCCACCUGUGAAUCCGGCCCAGGCAGUCCGUCGGGACAUGCGAUGGUGACGGCAGCAGUGUGGUGGGUGGUGGUGUCCUCACUGGGACCAUUCCUGUACUCCCGUACUCGCAGUGUGCUGUUAUCAGCUGUUCCCUACCUGCUCUAUGUGGUGAUGCUUGUUCUAGUUGGAAUUUCCAGGAUCUUCAUCCUCGCCCACUUCCCUCACCAGGUCGUCGCCGGCUCCUUCACAGGUUUCAUUCUGGGGGUUGUUCUGAGCCGCAGAGUCCCAGAAGGUCGCCCCCUGUUGUUCUUCUUUAGCCUCAGCAUCGGUCUGAUGCUCGGUGCCCUUACGCUCUACGCUGGAUUACAGCAGCUGGGAAUCGACGUCUCCUGGUCCAUUGCUUUGGCUAAGAAAUGGUGCAGCCAAGCAGAGUGGAUUCGUUUGGACACAAUGCCGUUCUCCUCUCUGACUCGAGACUGCGGGGCCCUUCUGGGUUUGGGAUUGGCUCAGUACUGGAAGCCCGGCGGAUGGUCCCUGCCUUGGGCUCCGAGGGCUCUGUCUCUGGCCUUUUCAUCCAUGGGACUGUACCACGUGAAUCGACUGCCGCUCCCGAUCCAGCCGCAAGGCCUCUUCUACGGCCUGAUCUUCGUCAAGUUCGUCAUAGUGCCUCAGAUCGUCAUGGUGCUCGUGCCCGGGCUGGUGCACCUCGUCACACACAAGAAGAAGAAGGACUAGAGAUGAAUUCCUCCACAUGCCAGACAUGUCUUUCACACUUCCAAAAACUAUGGAUUCCUUCUGAGUUUCUGUAAACACUUUAAAUGUCUCUUUCGGGGCUGCUGCUGUGGGUGAAGGCUUUACUUAGCACUCCAGUUUGAUUCUUGAUGUCUUAAAGUUUACCUUACAAGAUUUAUUUUUACAUUUUUGUUGAGUUUAUAUUUCUUUAAGUGUUGGGGUUGGAAAUUUCAAUGUACUACAUUUGUGUUAAGUGUAACAGAGUCAUAGUAAGUGUUAUUGUAAAUUCUACAGUAUUUUUUUCCGAAAUUACAAGCUUAUAACUAGAGACUCUUUGUAAGGAAAGUGCCGCUUUAAAGCUUUCUGCAUCAAACAGUAUGAUAUACUACUGGAAUAAACGAUACUUGAGGCGGGGGCUAUCUGUCAGCACAAGAACACUUUAGAAAAAGAUAUACUCUCGUGCAAUUUCAAUCAUCUGCAGGCACUUAAGGAAUGUUUCAAACCUUAGCCUUGAAAGAAAAUGCACUUCAUAAAGGUCUGAGGGCUUGAACGUUGUUAAUAAAGCGAGAAUAAGUGGUCAACAAUGUGCAAUAUUCUUGUAUCUUAAUGUACAGAAGUUUGAUAAUCAGUUGACACACUGUUAAACUGUUUUGUGGACCAAAAUCAUCCAAAAUGGAAAACUACAGUUGUGCAUUUUACACAAAUCAGUAAAAUAAACGACUGACAUGCA